AGGGGGCGCGCUGUCGAGAGCGGGGAAGGCGGGCGCCGGCAGGGUGAGGGAUGGCUGAGUGUGUAAGGGACAACGCGGAGGAGCCCCAGCUCAAGAUGCACAAAGCCAACGGCAGUGGUGAUGGCGAUGGCGACGGGGGAGCGAUGGAGGCGCCGCGGAGCCGGUUCAACCUGGGCAGCUUCCGGCUGGAGAAGAUCCUCCGCGGGAGCGCGCGGGACAAGACGGUGUUCGUGCACGGCAAGGUUGAAGAAGACUGUGGUGAUGAUCAAGAUGCCGUGAUCAUUCUCGAGAAGACUCCUUUCCGCGAGGAAACACUGCCACAGCUUCUCAACAAGAAUGCAGAUCUUCGUCUUCAAAUGCAGAAUGACAUCUACAGCACACACCACCUUCAUGCACCUUCGGCCCUCAAUGAAAUAAAGACCACAGUGGUAUAUCCAGCUACAGAGAAGCAUAUCAAGAAGUACCUGCAGCAGGAGAUGCACUUGAUUAAUGAAACAGCAGAUGACUACAAGAAUAUUACCGCUCCAUACCUUCAAUCCCAGUCCUUCAGUAUUCAGUGGGUGUAUAACAUUCUGGAAAAGAAGGCUGAAGCAGAUCGAAUAAUUCAUGAACAUCCGGACCCAAAAAAUGGCUUCAUUCUUAUUCCAGACUUCAAGUGGAAUCAAAAGCAGGUUGAUGACUUGUAUGCGAUUGCUAUUGCCCACCGCCGAGAGGUGAAGUCACUGCGGGAUCUGACAGCAGAGCAUCUGCCGAUGCUACAGACCAUACUACAGGAAGGACAGAUGGCUAUCUUUAAGCGAUAUAAUGUUCCAAAGAGCAGCCUGAGGAUUUACCUCCAUUAUCAGCCCUCCUACUACCACCUGCAUGUUCAUUUCACUGCUGUUGGCUACGAUGCUCCAGGCACCAUGGUGGAACGUGCACAUCUACUCUCCAGUGUGAUAGAGAACCUGCAGUUGGAUCCGGAGUACUACCAGAAACAAACCCUGACCUUUGCCUUGAAGGCUGAUGACCCCCUGCUGCAGAAGUUCAAGGAGGAAGGGAGAUUAUAGAUGAGUUUUUUUUUCAUAUGUAAUUGAUCCAUGCAGUUUACGCUUUGAAUGGAUGUGACUAGUUGGUGCAUGCGCGUUGACUCAGGUUUUACAGUUUUAUAAAUAAAGGAUAUAAAUCACAUUUGAGCAAGCAAAAUCUUGCCCUGACCUGCAUUUGCUCAGAACAGAGACAAAAUAUUGCUGUGAGAACAGAUCAGAAUAAAUGCUAAAGCUAUGCCAUUCAAAUGUUACUUGCAAACAUUGGAUGUAACAAAUAGUAAAAAUCCCCAAAUGUCGUUUGACAAAAAGGCGACCAUGUCCCACACCCUUGGUUAAGUCUGUCCCACACAGUUAGACUCGGUCUGCGUGUGAACCUAGUUUUUCCUGCAAAAUGUGGCAGGGGUCAUGUCUGAGAGUGGACAGAGUUUUGCAGUCACUAUCAAACAAAUGCAAAGCCUUGUCAAGAGUCUGAUCAGAGCAGGCAGCAACAUUUAGAAGAGUUUGUUCUCAGCAGGCAAAGGGUCAGGCUGGGUGACAAAUUGUUCAAUGGACCAUCUGUCUCAUAAUUCACCCAGCUCUGUGCCCACGUGUUUGUUUGUUCCCACUUUCUUAAUUCAGCUGUAAAUUUUCAAAAUGAAGGGUUUACGGUGCUAGUUGCAGCAAGACCCAUUGAUUGUUUAAAAAAAUAAAAGUUCAUUGACAAUUUUGUCCACAAA